AUAUAUAUAUAUAGGCUAUAUAUCAUUUACUUCUUUUAUGCCUCAUUUACAAAAAAAAAAUGUCUCUGAAACAAACUAACUGAGCAUAUUUUUUAGAGAUAGUUUAAGACCUUGGACGCAACGCGCAAACAUGCUUUGUUGUACAAGCAAUCUGAAGUGUUCUGCGCUGAUAUGAGAAGAAAAGAUAAAAAGUACCAGUCCGUGUGCGUUUCCUGCCUGCUAUGGAGCACUUCAACUCACCUCCAACAAAUUAUGACUUGGAAACGAAUGUCUCCACGAAUGCGUCAAAAACAGCCGCAAAAGAGACAAGUGUGGCUUUCCAGGCGACUGUCGGCUCGGUCCUCGGUGCCAUUACGCUCGCCACGUCUCUCUCCAACGCGUUCGUGAUCGCCACUAUUUCCCGCUCGAGGAAACUGCACACGCCGGCCAACUUCCUGAUCGCGUCUCUGGCGUUCACCGACCUCCUUGUGUCCGUGCUGGUGAUGCCCGUGAGUGCGCUCUACACGGUGAGCCACACGUGGACGCUGGGCCAAGUCGUGUGCGACAUCUGGCUGUCGUCGGACAUCACCUGUUGCACGGCAUCUAUACUUCACCUGUGCGUCAUCGCCUUGGAUCGCUACUGGGCUAUCACGGACGCGGUGGAGUACGCGACAAGGCGCACAACAAGCCGCGCGGCUGCCAUGGUGGCUACAGCCUGGGUGAUCGCCAUCUCCAUCAGUCUGCCUCCGUUUUUUUGGCGCCAGGUGAAAGCUGGAGAGGUGACAAGCUGCGAGGUGAACACGGAUCACAUCUUUUACACCAUCUACUCCACAUUCGGUGCUUUCUACAUCCCGACGCUUUUACUCAUCGCCCUGUACGGGAGGAUCUACGUCGAGGCGCGGCGGCGGAUCUUAAGACAGUCGCCCAAAAAGUUUGGGAAGAGACUCACCUCAGCGCAGUUAGUCUUCAACUCACCAGGAUCGACGUCUUUGACCUCGGCUCGGCAAGACGACGCAGGCUCGGUGAUCAGCGACAACCAGGUCAAAAUCACCGUUUCCGACUCGCUUUUGGAGAAAAAGAGGAUUUCUGCGGCCAGAGAAAGGAAAGCCACGAAAACCCUGGGCAUCAUUUUAGGAGCGUAUAUAGUCUGCUGGCUGCCGUUCUUUAUCUACACCCUGCUGGUACCCCUGUGCCCUUCAUGCCAUGCGUACCCAGAGUUAUUCGACUUCUUUACGUGGCUCGGCUACCUCAACUCUCUCAUCAAUCCCAUCAUAUACACAAUGGCGAACGAUGACUUUAAAAGGGCUUUCCAAAAGCUCGUGAGCUUUCGAUUUUGCGUGUCCUGAUGUGAAGAGGAAAAUUUGGGCGGAAAAAACUCUAAUGCAAGAUUAAAUCAGCAUUCACAUAGUCAAUAGGCUAAGUCAGGAGUCAUUAUGCCCGAUUUAAUUAUCAUCCUGCUCAAACAGUAGCCAACAAAGCAUGCAGCAGUAUUGUGUGUGUGUGUGUGUGUGUGUGUGUGUGUGUGUCAGUGUUGCAUUGUGAUUAUUUUGCAUUAAAAAAAUAAAUAAACAACAAAUAAAGGAUCACGGUAAAUAGAUAUUAUAUCAUGGCUGCUAAGCAACCGGCAAAUAUUGAAAUGAAAUAGAUCACUGAGUGCUGAAUCAUCGGUGCAGCUAUAAUACAAUGUAUUAUUUUCUUCCAUCAUUUCAUCCAUCCUUGUUUUCCGGUGUUCUUACUUGAUAUAUUCUAAAAGAGAAAUAUCUGAACAGUUCAAUAAAAAUAUAUAUAGUGGCAAUUAAAAUAAUAUUAGAGAAUUCACAUCAGGAUCAUAUACACUUUUCGCCUUCUUAUUCAAAUGGAUUUAUAAACAAGACAUGCUUAACAUUUGUUAGUGAGAAAGGGGGGGGGGUGAAUUUCUAAUUCAAGUAAAUUGUUUUCCCAUCAGUAAACAGUGUUUGUCAUAUGUGUGUGGAUCCAGUUUGGCCUGUGUGUAUUGAAUUAAAAUUACAGCAAAUCAGCUUAAUUCAAUAAGAAGUCAUAUUAUCCCAGACAGUCCUCAACAAUGUAAUAUCAAAAGGAGCCUAUAACCACUGGCCUUAAUCAAAAGAUCCCAGAAAAUGUAUGCAAAUUGUAUACAAUAAAUGCAAUUAUAAAUACAGUAAAUGCAAAUUAUAUACAAUGCAUCAGGGAAGAGAUACAUAUAAAAUGAUUUUAUCAUUGUAUACACAAAAAAUGAGAACCUUGUUACUGAAAAAAAAAUCUUUGUUUAUUCUGUUUAUGAAAUUUGCCAUUGGAUAAACAAAUUACUACAUUCAUUUAGCUGGCUGUGAAAUCUCACUUGGCAAGUGACACCACAGGUUAAAUCAAGUUGCAGGCCUGCCAAACACAAAUGGAAAUCGACCGAAAAUCCUUGGUGUAAUUGUGUGUUAUUUAAGCCAUUCCUUGAAGCUUUUUUGAUGUGGACUGAAAAAAGGUUACAAAGCUCAAGUUUCAGACUCAUGCCAUUAUACUGUAUAUAGGCUUUAUAUAUAGCAGCCAUUACAUAUAGCAGUUCGACUUUCAGUUCUACUUUCAAAUUAUUUCAGUAUCAUACUCAGAUCUAAAGAGUUCUGUUAAGCUUCCUGCUAUAAGAGAACCAGUAGAGAGCAACAAUCAAGAGGCUAAGCCAUUAAACUGGGUUAAUGACUCCUAUUUCCUUCCACAAAUAUACAAGAUUUCCCAAAAUUAUAAAGGUAUUGAUGGGCUUUAGUAUAAAAGAUAGCAUCAAAGAUAACAGUACAUAUAUGGUAUCUGAUAAAAUGGCCAAUGAGUGUACAUUCACUGGAAAAGGAGUUCCAGUGACCCGAUAUUAUGUGGCUGAGGACCAUUUUUAGCACAGCAGUGACACUGAUAUGGUAGUGUGUGUGUGUGUGUGUGUGUGUGUGUGUGUGUGCGCGCGCGCGCGUGUGUGUGACGAUUAAGGUGUUUACAUGAGUCGCUUUUAGAAUAUUCCUUUCAUGUUCCCGUUUUACGUUAUAGAAUAUAGAUUGAUUAAUGGCACACGUCAUUACGUCCCUACGCCACGCCGUCCGACGUACCCUCCAGAAUUUCACGUAUCAACAUACAGUUCGUCUUCGUUAUGGUACCGUGUACAAUUUUGGGUGUUUCAUUUUAAAUUUUACGAAAGCUUCAAGUGCAGUUAAUUAUUUGUCAUGCUAUACGUGCAAAUAGACGACUGCUUGAUGCCAUGGGCUGCGUUCCAAACUGCAUACUUGCCUACAUGUAUUUCACCUACUAUAUAGUAGGUAAGUAUUCGGAGAGCAGCCGUGCUCUCUUGUUUGCUGUCAAACGGUUGAGCACUGCCAUGUGUAUACGUGUUCUGUCGCACAAUGCGGUGAAAAUUCCCACGUGACGUAAAUAGUGUGAUUAAAGGUGUGUACAUGUCUGUAAUGCACUUCGAUAAUGCGACUAAAAUAGGUAUACUCCACAUGUCUUAAUUCGAUUUGUGUUUACUUCGAGUAUUACUUUAGCCGGAUUAGGUAAUCAAUCAUCUCUAUUUACAUGGUAGUUUCUUAAUCAGGGUAUUGUCUUAAUCGGGUUAAUAUCAGAUUAUUGUUGUCCAUGUAAACAUACUGAAUGUUACAGAUGACAACAUUGCUGCCAUUUUUAAACACCUUACCACAAGCUUGAGCACAGUUCACCACUGUAUACCUCUAUUGAGAAUUAGCCAUUUCAAUCAGACUAACUGAUGCUGUCUUCAUGUUAAUCAUGUCAAUAAAGUGCUCCAGCCCAUUAUCCAGGAUAAACACUUUGGCCUUUUCCUUUUCCAUUUGGUUUUGUUUGAGUAGCACAUGCACAGACACACUCAUCAUCUUUAUCCACUAUGCAACCAAUAAACUAAAAGGCCUUAAAAGAAUAUGCACAGGGACAACUUUACUAAUGGUACACAACACUUGACAGCUUAAAAUCAACCCAGAAAUAGCACAAAGGUAUGUGAAGUCUUGUAUCACAAAAUAUAGGUAAAUUAUGUUCUACUGUGCUGUGGACUCCAAAGUGGAAAUAUUACUAUUUGGAAAUGCUUCCUUUAGCAUACUUAUUUCUUGAACGCUACAUUAGUUCCAAUAAAAACAACUUCACAUAAUUUUUUUGAAAUAUUGCUGGAAGGUGAAAUCAUCAAAGCGAGACUUGUCACUAACAUAUUUCAAUUAUGUGAAUUUGUCCCUCACAAUAUGUACAUACCUGAUUUGAAUGUAUAAUCAGGUAUAUAUUUUUGUGCCCUGUGCCAAUAUUUCUUAUCAAAAUUUGUGAUUUUUUUGCCCCCUAUUUUUCCUUCUGUGUAGCACAGUUUCAGAAAUUCCUUCUGACAAGAUACCUUUGUGUUUGUAAUAGCAUUCUACCUUCGAAUAAUUAAUCCAGAAAGCAUGUACUGUAACUAUGUGCAGUGCACAUGAAUAGGACAUUUGUACCAAUUGCAAGGCGAUCCCCCAUCAAUGUCCUGAAUGCCAGAAAUAUGUGUUUGCUGGCAAAACGACGCAGACUCUGUGACAACCAGGUCAAAAUCAUCAUUUCUGACUCGCUUUUGGAGAAAAAGAGGAUUUCUGCGGCCAGAGAAAGGAAAGCCACGAAAACGCCUGGCAUCAUAUUAGGAGUGUAUAUAGUUUCUGGCUGCCAUUCUUUAUCUACACCCUGCUGGUGCCCCUGUGCACUCCAUGCCAUGCGUAUCCAGAGUUAUUCAACUUCUUUAUGUGGCUUGGCUACCUCAACUCUCUCAUCAAUCCCAUCAUAUACACAAUGGCAAACAAUGACUUUAUAACAGAAUACUUAAGAAAAUUUGUAUUUUCCAUCAAUGCAAUCCCCCUGUCAAUGUCCUGAAUGCCAGAAAUAUAUGUUUGCUGAGGGGGUUUGGAGCUCUUAUAUUCAGCAUUCUGGAGUUUGUCUUGCACUUCCACAAAUGACCAGUCAUGUCCAGUCUGUUUACCUCAGGGUUUUCUUCAGUUUAAUGACCAUUUUUA